CACUGUAAUACAAUGCCGCAGAAUCAAGCAACCCCGUACUCGUCGCCCCUUGGUUCGUUCUUCUUCUCCUCUCCUUAUUAAUCUUCAAUCUCCCAUUUCCCCUUUCCUCAUCUCUCUCUUUCGCCUGCUCUCUGUUUCGUCAAUCUCCUUCCCUUUCUUCUCCGCCGCUGCAACUCUUCCAGUCAUGGUUCGCUUCAGUGUCACCAGGAAGCCGACCGCCCCUAUCGAUGGCCAGAAGCCCGGUACUUCUGGCCUCCGCAAGAAGGUUAAAGUAUUCAUUCAACCAAACUACUUGGAGAAUUUUGUUCAGGCAACAUUUAAUGCAUUGACUGCUGAAAAAGUCCGAGGGGCUACACUUGUUGUUUCUGGAGAUGGACGCUAUUAUUCAAAGGAUGCUAUUCAGAUUAUAAUCAAGAUGGCUGCAGCAAAUGGGGUACGGCGUAUUUGGGUUGGUCAAAAUGGUUUGCUUUCAACUCCUGCUGUGUCUGCUGUCAUACGUGAAAGAGUUGGGGUUGAUGGAUCCCGAUCAUCAGGAGCAUUUAUUUUGACUGCAAGUCACAAUCCAGGAGGCCCCAAUGAGGAUUUUGGGAUUAAAUACAACAUGGAAAAUGGUGGCCCUGCUCCAGAAGGAAUUACUGAUAAGAUCUAUGAAAACACACAAUCAAUAAAGGAGUACUUAAUUUCUGAAGAUCUACCUAACGUGGAUAUUUCCGCAAUAGGUGUUUCUAGCUUUGGCGGACCUGAAGGACAAUUUGACGUUGAAGUUUUUGAUUCUGCCAGUGACUAUGUGAAGUUAAUGAAGUCAAUAUUUGAUUUUGAAUCUAUCCGCAAGCUUCUAUCCUCUCCCAAAUUCUCAUUCUGUUAUGAUGCUCUACACGGUGUUGCUGGAGCUUAUGCAAAACGUAUUUUUGUGGAAGAGCUCAGUGCACAAGAAAGCUCAUUACUGAACUGUGUACCUAAGGAGGACUUUGGAGGAGGUCAUCCUGAUCCCAAUCUGACUUAUGCCAAGGAAUUGGUUGCUCGUAUGGGAUUGGGUAAAUCAAGCUCUGGACAAGAACCUCCAGAAUUUGGUGCUGCUGCUGAUGGUGAUGCAGAUCGCAAUAUGGUCCUUGGUAAAAGGUUUUUCGUCACUCCUUCAGACUCUGUUGCCAUUAUUGCUGCUAAUGCUGUUGAAGCUAUUCCGUACUUCUCUGGUGGUUUAAAGGGUGUCGCCAGGAGCAUGCCAACCUCUGCUGCACUAGAUGUGGUUGCCAAAAACUUGAACUUGAAGUUUUUUGAGGUGCCCACUGGCUGGAAAUUUUUCGGUAAUUUAAUGGAUGCAGGAAUGUGCUCCGUCUGUGGGGAAGAGAGUUUUGGAACUGGAUCUGACCAUAUUCGUGAGAAAGAUGGAAUUUGGGCAGUUUUGGCUUGGUUAUCUAUUCUUGCUUAUAAAAACAAGGCAAACCUUGAUAGUGGAAAGCUUGUGACAGUCGAAGACAUAGUUCGCCAACACUGGGCCACCUAUGGUCGUCAUUAUUAUACUAGAUACGAUUAUGAGGUAUUGGUUUUGGUUUUUUUUAUUGGCAUUCAAUGCAGAAUGAUCAAAGGAGUUCGUUCAGAUGUUUCAAAGGUUGUCCAUGGUGAUGAAUUUGAGUAUAAAGAUCCUGUUGAUGGUUCCAUCUCAAAGCAUCAGGGUAUUCGAUAUUUGUUUGAAGACGGUUCACGACUGGUCUUCCGCCUGUCUGGAACUGGCUCUGAAGGCGCAACUAUUCGGCUCUACAUUGAGCAAUAUGAGAAAGAUCCAUCAAAAACUGGGAGAGAUUCUCAGGAAGCUCUCGCUCCUCUGGUGGAAGUUGCUCUUAAGCUCUCAAAAAUGCAAGAAUUUACCGGCCGAUCUGCUCCUACCGUCAUUACUUAAGCGAAUUAGAUAUAACCCAUGAUUUUGAAGAAAUAAUUGUUGCUAUCUUGCGGUGGCGCAAGAUCUCUUAAAACAUCACUGUAAGUGCUUCCAGAGUGUUUGUUUGGCGGGAAAACUUUAGCCUACAUAAAUUUUGGAUUUUAAUUGUCUUAAUAAUCUUUGAUGCUUCAUUCUUAUGAAGCUCGACAAAGUAAUAGAAUAUAUAAUAUAUAUAUAUGAAUGAAUUAAUGUGGUUUUUUCCCCACUUUUGGUA